GCCUUUGAUAUGGUCCAUCUGAGUCAAACCCCCACAAAACAUACACCCAAUGAAUCUCCACCGCGGUCAAGUGCCAGUACCUCUCGUUCUCUGCUUUCGAAUGUAACAAUCUGGCUACUGGCACCUAUAACUAUUUCAUUAUUGAUAUCGGUCCAUACAUGGAACCACUGGCAUGCCGAAGUCUCAGAUUUACUACACCCUUCUCAACCUCAGUCUUUUGCAUCGUCAAGGCCCUCUGGCGUCUUCCCAGUGACCUAUUGCACUGAAUGUUCUGAUGGGACAACCAAAAACACUAAAAGAAUUUCCUUGGACCUCGUCUCCGCUCAGCCAGGCCGUCACCGUGAGCCCGAUGUAACAGCUGUGAUACUGAACUGGUCCCGACUUCCCAACGUUAUUCACAUCGCUACCUUGCUCUGUGGGUCUUUACUCGAAGAUGUCAUUGCCGAAGUUUUCAUCUGGAACAAUAGUCCUCAUAAGCUUUCCACUGAUGUCUGCGUAUACCAAUUUCUCCUGACCUGAUUCUCGCUGAGACUAUUCGUGUAGCUCUUUGCUGAGGCUGGUUGUCCAGUUCACAAACUGAGGAUUUACAAUUCGCCGUCAAAUCUUUACUUCCAGGCUCGGUUUCUUGCGUGCGAGCAAGCUUCGUCGCAGUUGUGUUUCAUUCAAGUUAUUCCUUUCCGCCUUCCUUUGUUUUGCUGUGGUUGACGACGUCGUAGGAUGAUGAUUAUCUGAUCCUGCCGG